GCCGUCGGCCGUACUAAUUCCAUUCUCAUCAGCAGCGUGAGCGCGAAUACAUUGUAGUUCUACUCUUAUCAAAGAUAACAGAAGGAGGAACUUCCCCACUACCAAAAAUGUUACGAAUUAUCUUAGUUUUGGCCUUGGCUUUGGUCACAGUCAGUGCUACCAAUGUUAAGCAGUGUAAGGACAAGCCGUUUCCCCUAUCUGUGAAUAUCCAGGACUGUGAGGAGCCACCUUGCGUGGUCUACAAGGGCACUAUCGCGGUGAUGGAGGUCCACUUUCUGGGUAAUAACAACAACAUUAAGAGCAUCACAGCCACUACAACGGCCAAGGUCCUGGGCAUGAAUCUGCCGUAUGACCUGCCCGAGGAGGUGUCCAAUGUGUGUAUCAAUCUAUUGUACGGCGCCAUGUGUCCCAUCGACAAGGGCGAGGAUGUGACAUAUCAAUUCAACUUCUAUGUGGAGCCUGCCUUCCCCGAGAUCACGGCGGAUGUCACUGUUACGCUGAACGACGAGGAUGGCGAACCGAUUAGCUGUUUUAUAGUCAGCUGCAAGCUCCGAAAGGGAGCGACGGCUUUGUUGGAGUAAAAGUUGAUAUAUUAAUCCCC